AUGUGUCACGGUAAAUCUCCCAGCGAACGAGUUAAGCUUAAAGCCAACGCAGAAAUUCCUAUAGACGGUGUGAAAGUGGCCAUAGAUCAGUCAGUCUGCGAUGAAACAAUCAUCAUCAGCGACAUCUUCAAUCUUAGCGAGAUGGAUGCACUUGAACUUGUGCUCUCUGGAGAAAGUCAGAAAAUACACUUUGACUGUUUGAGUCGCGGUCUUAUUGCUGUGGUUUGUUAUUAUGAUGUUCAUCGACUUCUUGCCCUACUUCUGAGAACUAUGCUUGAAUGGGACAAAGAAUCAGCACAUGAAGGCCUGCGAGAAUUUAUUGAGCAGAACUUCGUACAGCGAACACUUUUCCAGCAUUUACUACAAUUGCAAGCGAGUUUCAACGUGACCAGCGAGUUCCAUAUGCUCUCACAACCUCACGUAAAUGGCCUUGGAGGUCCUCGGCACCAGAAUCUGCUUCGUGGUGUCAUUGAGGAGAUUCGGGAGAAUACCGCCGAAGCUCUGUAUUCGCUCUGCGAAUGGGGAGCUGAACAUGCUAAUGAGUUCUUGAUUGAUAUCUAUCCUAUACUGAAGGGUGUUCCAUUAGCUGAAAAAUUUGCUUCUCACCACCUCUCCGCUUGGAUUUGCUUGUUAAAAUUGACGUCGAGCGCUGUUUUAUCACAAAGUAAGUGAAA